CAAUAGCAACCAAUUUAUUCAGUUUUUAUAUCUCAUUCCUUCCUAAUUUGCCAUUUUCUCAACUAUGGCUGCUUCAAUUAAAUUUGUUACCACUUUCGUCACUAUAUUUCUCUUCCAAUUCCUUAGAGGUUCGAAUUCAGCGACAUUCACAAUCGUCAACAAGUGCAGCUACACAGUUUGGCCGGGAUUAUUAUCCGGCGCCGGAACAGCACCGCUCUCCAUCACCGGCUUUGCACUCCAACCAGGCGAGUCCAACGCCGUCCCCGUGCCCUCCGGUUGGUCCGGCCGCCUUUGGGGCCGCACCCUCUGCUCCCAGGACUCAACCGGAAAAUUCUCCUGCGUCACCGGCGACUGUGGUUCCUCCGCCGUAGAAUGCGCAGGCGGAAACGCCGCCCCGCCUGCCACGCUGGCGGAGUUCACACUGAACGGCGCCGGCGGGCUCGAUUUCUUCGACGUCAGCCUCGUGGACGGUUACAACCUGCCCAUGAUUGUGGAGCCUCAGGGCGGAACUGGAGGCGGGAACUGCACUGCGACGGGUUGCGUGGUGGAUUUGAACUCUGCGUGUCCGACGGAGUUGAAGGUGAUGAGUAACGGUGAUGAGGGCGUGGCGUGUAAAAGCGCGUGCGAAGCAUUCGGGGAUCCGCAGUAUUGCUGCAGUGGCGCUUAUGCGUCACCUGACACAUGCAAGCCCAGCUCCUACUCGCAGUUCUUCAAGAGUGCAUGCCCACGCGCUUACAGUUACGCCUAUGACGAUGGCUCCAGCACCUUCACCUGUGCCUCUGCUGAUUAUACCAUCACUUUUUGCCCCACACCCUCCGCAAGUUAUAUCAAAUCAGGGAACGGACAAAACCCAAUGGCUGUGGACAUCUCGGGAGGAAAUGUGGACGGAACAACCAACAACGUAAUGACGGUGGUUGUUACCUCUGUUUUGGUGGCGUUUUGGCGGUUGUGGCAACUCAAUUAGGUGCCAAUGUCACAUUGAUAUGGCCGGUGAAUUUUGUGGGCCAUAGUCCUAUCGAUUCCUCUAACCUGAAAAAGGUCAUGCAUCAGAGGGUAGCAACUAGCAACUCAACUUGGUGUUCAACGGAUGCAAUUAGCAUCAGCACCUGUGGGAAGAUUGCCACUUCUCAACUUGCACAAUUAAAGUAUUAAUUGGUCAUGACUUCAUCCAACCCUUAAUAACCGAUAUUGGAAGGGUUCAGAUGCACAGACAG